AUGGCGGAAGCGGAAGACACAAUAAACGUGGCGGUCAUCGGUGCUGGAUUCCUGGGUGCUCGCAUCAUCGCGGAAAUGUUGCUUCUGGGAAACAAUGUCGCAGUUUACGAUGCAAACAUCGCCAAGCAAAGAGACCCGCAGACUGCCUUGAACGAAACGGUGGGCGGCCUUCUCCUGGAGUGCGACAGGCAAGGCUUGUUGGGCCUUGCGGAAAUGGCAUCGCCGAAAGGAGGUAAGUGGACACCCUAUGCCAAGGAGCCUGCUCGCCAGGCUAAGGCUUGUCAAUCCGUUGCGGAGGCAGCAACCAGGGCUCACAUUGUGUUGGAAGCUGUCCCGGACAAGCUCGAGAUCAAGAGCAAGGUCUUUGCAGAGGCGGUGUCGACUGCUCGUCCUGGUGCUAUUCUGGCCACGAACACACUUUCCAUUCCGCUGAAAAAGAUUCAAGAGGCGGUGAUGUCCGAGGUCACAGGAUCUAGUGGAAGGGCUCUGCCCGAAUCAUUGAGACCGCGCGUCAUGGGAUUGAGAUUUCUCUCGCCUGUGGUUUUCGUACCCUUCGUGGAGGUGACCCUUUCAGCCGAGCAGGAGAAAGGUGCUGACAAAGAAGACUUGACGGGGAUGCUGCGGAAGUGGGGCAAAGCCUGCUUCAUUUGCGAUAUCCAAGGUGCAGUCGAUAGCGUCGACCAGGAUAGGAUCGACUUCAUCCGCGUGGCCCGCGAGCGACUCCGACUGGACACCUCCACUGCACAGCGACGCCAGAUCGCGGAAGCGAAGCUUCGAGCAGCGAUCCGCUUGGGGCCCGAGGUUGUCCACCGGACAACUUCUUCCGAGCUUUUCACGGAGUCCAAGUGCUGCAUCUGCCUAGAUGCAGAACCUACUGUGCCUUCAAUGCUUUGUGGUCAUGUCGCUUUGUGCGAAGACUGUGCGGGCGUUGUUGAAAGUGGCACGAAGCAAUGUCCAAUGUGCCGUGAGCGGUUUGUACGUCGGAUGCACAGAUAG